AUGCGGCCCCGUUCCAGCAAGCCUGGAAGUGGCCCCAGCCACUCAGGGAACUGGAAAUGUAAGGCGCUUGUUUGUUUUCCUCCUCGGAUCCCUAACUACCAGGUUCUAGUAGGGGAACUAGAAAUCAUGACCAUCUCACUCAGCCCUCACCUGCCACCGGUGAAGCGCAAAGACCUGUUCGGGCUUCAUUUACUGACACUUAAAAAGUUAACAUUUAUCUGUAUUUUUGUACGUCAUCCGCUCCUCCUUACUCUAACUUACUGCUUUAUCUGCCCAUAUCCCGCUCCCUUGGUUCCCCUCACUGCUCGUCCCCAGACGCCGCACCAGGCUGCAGGCCAGCCCUUCAAGUUCACGAUCCCAGAGUCCCUGGACCGGAUCAAGGAGGAAUUCCAGUUUUUGCAGGCGCAGUAUCACAGCCUUAAAUUGGAAUGUGAGAAACUGGCGAGUGAAAAGACAGAAAUGCAGAGGCACUAUGUGAUGUAUUAUGAAAUGUCGUAUGGCUUGAACAUUGAAAUGCAUAAACAGACGGAAAUCGCCAAGAGAUUGAAUACGAUUUGUGCACAAGUCAUCCCAUUUCUGUCUCAGGAACAUCAACAACAGGUGGCCCAGGCCGUGGAACGUGCCAAGCAGGUGACCAUGGCAGAGUUGAAUGCCAUCAUCGGGCAGCAGCAGUUACAAGCUCAGCACCUCUCUCAUGGCCAUGGACCCCCAGUACCCCUCACGCCUCACCCUUCGGGACUUCAGCCUCCUGGAAUCCCGCCCCUCGGGGGCAGCGCUGGCCUCCUGGCGCUGUCCAGUGCCCUGAGUGGGCAGUCUCACUUGGCAAUAAAAGAUGACAAGAAGCAUCAUGAUGCAGAGCACCACAGAGACAGAGAACCGGGCACAAGUAAUUCCCUCUUGGUACCAGACAGUUUAAGAGGCACAGAUAAACGCAGAAAUGGGCCUGAAUUUGCCAACGACAUCAAGAAAAGAAAGGUGGACGACAAGGACUCCAGCCACUACGAUAGUGAUGGUGACAAAAGUGAUGACAACUUAGUUGUGGAUGUAUCUAAUGAGGACCCCUCUUCUCCACGAGCGAGCCCAGCCCAUUCGCCCCGUGAAAACGGAAUCGACAAAAACCGCCUGCUAAAGAAAGAUGCAUCCAGCAGCCCAGCAUCCACAGCUUCCUCGGGAAGUUCCACUUCUUUGAAAUCCAAAGAAAUGAGCUUGCAUGAAAAAGCCAGCACGCCUGUUCUGAAAUCCAGCACACCAACUCCACGCAGUGAUAUGCCAACGCCGGGCACCAGCGCCACUCCAGGACUCCGUCCAGGCCUCGGCAAGCCUCCAGCCAUGGACCCCCUCGUUAACCAAGCCGCGGCUGGCUUGAGGACGCCCCUGGCCGUGCCCGGCCCGUACCCUGCUCCGUUUGGAAUGGUCCCCCACGCGGGCAUGAAUGGCGAGCUGACCAGCCCAGGCGCUGCCUAUGCGAGCUUACACAACAUGUCUCCCCAGAUGAGUGCUGCUGCGGCGGCGGCGGCCGUGGUGGCCUAUGGGCGCUCCCCGAUGGUUGGGUUUGAUCCUCCCCCUCACAUGCGAGUACCAACCAUCCCUCCAAACUUGGCAGGAAUCCCUGGGGGGAAACCUGCAUACUCCUUCCACGUCACUGCAGAUGGUCAGAUGCAACCUGUCCCCUUCCCCCCCGACGCCCUCAUUGGCCCUGGCAUCCCCCGGCACGCUCGCCAGAUCAACACCCUGAACCAUGGGGAGGUGGUGUGUGCCGUGACCAUCAGCAACCCCACGCGGCAUGUGUACACGGGCGGCAAGGGCUGCGUCAAGGUCUGGGACAUCAGCCAGCCUGGCAACAAGAGUCCUGUCUCUCAGCUCGACUGCCUGAAUAGAGAUAAUUACAUCCGCUCCUGUAAAUUGCUCCCUGAUGGCUGCACCCUAAUUGUGGGAGGGGAAGCCAGUACUCUUUCCAUUUGGGACCUGGCGGCUCCGACUCCCCGCAUCAAGGCCGAGUUGACGUCCUCGGCUCCUGCCUGCUACGCCCUGGCCAUCAGCCCCGACUCCAAGGUCUGCUUCUCAUGUUGCAGUGACGGCAACAUCGCCGUGUGGGACCUGCACAACCAGACGCUGGUGAGGCAAUUCCAGGGCCACACAGACGGGGCCAGCUGUAUUGACAUUUCUAACGAUGGCACCAAGCUCUGGACGGGCGGUUUGGACAACACGGUCAGGUCCUGGGACCUGCGUGAGGGGCGGCAGCUGCAACAGCACGACUUCACAUCCCAGAUCUUCUCGCUUGGAUACUGCCCCACUGGAGAGUGGCUCGCCGUGGGCAUGGAGAGCAGCAACGUGGAGGUUCUCCACGUCAAUAAGCCCGACAAGUAUCAGUUGCACCUCCAUGAGAGCUGUGUGCUGUCCUUAAAGUUUGCUUAUUGUGGUAAAUGGUUUGUGAGUACUGGAAAAGAUAACCUCCUCAAUGCCUGGCGGACGCCCUAUGGAGCGAGUAUAUUCCAGUCCAAAGAGUCCUCCUCCGUGCUCAGCUGUGACAUCUCUGUGGAUGACAAAUACAUAGUCACUGGCUCAGGGGACAAGAAGGCCACAGUCUAUGAAGUCAUCUACUGAAAACAUAAUGUGGUUUACCGUUUAUAGUUGAAGUGGGCCAAAAUGUUUUGAAUUUUUAGAAAUAGAAACCUUGUAACUUUGAAAGGAAAAAGAAAACCUAUUUCCAAGUUUUGACACAAAACUUCUACAAAGAGGAGGCAGCAAAUCCCAUCUACAGAAGGUCACUUAUCUACCUAGACCAAAUGGAGCACCAAGGCAAGAGUGGACAGAGGGGCCAAGGAUGGUAGGACUCAGGAACAGAAUCUGAUGGCCAUGCUAGAGCCUGUUCUUUCCUUUCUGUGUGGUCUCCUGCCAAUCUCACGUUGCCUGAGUGUGAGAUUACCAGUCUGUUCCUUGCGGUGCACCUCACGUGUCACCCUUUCUAGAGCAGUGGUCUCUCCAGUGAACUUGUUUCCUGGUUUUGCAUCUUGUGAAAUGUUUUUUUUUUUUUGUAUUUUUGUUGAAGGUUAAACAUUUGUAUAAAUUGUAAAUAUAUUUGGUUUACUACAGUAAAGGCUUUAGUACCAAUAA